AUGGUCUAUGCAAAGUCUGAUGCAAUGGAAAGAUUAGCAUUAUGGAAUAGCCUUUAUGUUCUGGCUGAUGGUAUGGUAGCUUCUUGGUUGAUAGGGGGUGAUUUUAAUGUGAUUUUGAAUGAGGAAGAGAAGAUUGGUGGACUACCAGUAUUGCUAAAUGAAUAUGAAGACUUUGCAUUUUGUCUUAAUUCUUGUGAGCUGAUUGAAGCAGGUUUUAAAGGAAGUCCUUUCACUUGGUGGAAUGGGAGAUCUGAUGGGCAGUGUAUCUUCAAAAGGCUUGAUAGAAUGCUAUAUAAUAAUUUGAUGCAACAAUGGUUUGGUUUCAUUGAAGUGGAUCAUCUAUCUGGGACUGGUUCUGACCAUGCUCUUUUAUUGCUAUCUUGUAAUGAACAACAACAACAAUUUAUUAUACCUUUGAAAUUUCUGAAAUUUUGGGUAGAUCAUGAAUCUUUCCAAUCAGUAGUUACUCAGAACUGGCAUGCAGAAGAUGAAAAGGAUGUAUUCUUAUCUUUUAAGAAGAAAGUGAAGAAAAUUAAAGUUGUUUUAUCAGCAUGGAGCAGGCAGGUUUUUGGGGACAUUUUCAAGCAGCUGACUAUUAGAGAGGAUAUUGUUAGAAUUAAAGAACAAUUGUUUGAAGAAGCCCCUACUGAAGUUAAUAGAAUGGUGCUACAAAGAGCUCAGCUGAGCUUAAGAAGUACUUGCACUAUGAAGAGGAGUAUUGGAGACAAAAAUCUAGUUAUGAUUGUUUUGCGGAGGGGGAUAGAAACACCAGAUUUUUUCACAAUAUUAUCAAUGAUUGAAAGUGCUAAUGAGAUAGCUGAUGAGGAAAUCGCCUUUUAUCAUAAGCAAUUCACUCAGGAUUCAAUACAGAAUUUUCAAUCUGAGGUGGCUAUAUUGGAUCAUAUUCCUAGUAUGCUAUCAGAGGAGGAAAAUGCAGAUAUUGUUGCUAUCCCAACUAUGGAAGAGGUCAAACAGGCUGUGUUUGAAUUAUCAGGGGAUAGUGCUAGUGGUCCAGAUAGACUUACAGGUAUAUUCUAUCAAUCUUUGUUGGAAACUGUUGGUGUAGAUGUAUUUCAUGUGGUGAAGAAGAAUGAGCUGGAAAGCUUUUCUGACAUGAGGCCUAUUAGCCUUAGUGACUUUAUUAACAAAGUUAUUUCUAGAGUGGUGCAUAACAAACUGGAGAAGGCCCUACCUAGAUUGAUAGCUGCCAAUCAAUCUGGUUUUGUAAAGGUCAGGAAUAUUAUUGAGAAUGUUUUGUUAACUCAAGAGAUUGUUUCUGAUAUAGGUUAA